GAGGCCCUUUGUACCUUAAUCCAUCCACUUUUCCUUGUAGAACGUCCCAGUGGAACGGUUCAUCACAGGAGGGAAAGAAGAGUCAGCCAUUUGGGAAGAUGAAUGCCAGCAGUUACUCUGCAGCCAUGACCGAGCCCAAGUCCGUGUGCGUCUCGGUGGACGAGGUGGUCUCGGGUAACACCGAGGCCUCGGAGACCGACCUGCUGAACGGGCAUCUGAAGAAGGUAGACAACAACCUCACGGAGGCCCAGCGCUUCUCAUCCCUGCCACGCAGGGCGGCUGUGAACAUUGAAUUCAAGGACCUCUCCUACUCGGUCCCUGAAGGACCGUGGUGGAGGAAGAAAGGAUACAAGACCCUCCUGAAGGGGAUCUCCGGCAAGUUCAACAGCGGGGAGCUGGUGGCCAUCAUGGGGCCCUCUGGGGCUGGGAAGUCCACGCUCAUGAACAUUCUGGCCGGGUACAGGGAGACCGGCAUGAAGGGGGCCGUGCUCAUCAACGGCCAGCCGCGGGACCUGCGCUGCUUCCGGAAGGUGUCCUGUUACAUCAUGCAGGACGACAUGCUGCUGCCGCACCUCACGGUGCAGGAGGCCAUGAUGGUGUCCGCACAUCUGAAGCUCCAGGAGAAGGAUGAAGGCAGGAGGGAGAUGGUCAAGGAGAUCCUGACAGCUCUGGGCUUGCUGUCUUGUGCCAACACGCGGACUGGAAGCCUCUCGGGUGGCCAGCGGAAGCGCCUGGCCAUCGCGCUGGAGCUGGUGAACAACCCCCCUGUCAUGUUCUUUGAUGAGCCCACCAGUGGCCUGGACAGUGCCUCCUGCUUCCAGGUGGUCUCCCUGAUGAAAGGGCUGGCCCAAGGAGGGAGGUCCAUCAUCUGCACCAUCCACCAGCCCAGCGCCAAACUCUUUGAACUCUUUGACCAGCUUUAUGUCCUCAGUCAAGGACAAUGUGUGUACCGGGGAAAAGUCUCUAAUCUUGUACCAUACUUGAGGGAUUUAGGUCUGAACUGCCCAACCUAUCACAACCCAGCUGAUUUUGUCAUGGAGGUCGCGUCCGGCGAGUACGGUGAUCAGAACGGCCGCCUGGUGAGAGCCGUCCGGGAGGGCAUGUGUGACUCUGACCACAGGAGAGAGCCUGGGGGGGAUGCCGAGGUGAACCCUUUUCUUUGGCACCGGCCCUCUGAAGAGGUAAAGCAGGCAAAACGAUUGAAGGGGUCUAGAAAGGACUCCGCCUCCAUGGAGGGCUGCCACAGCUUCUCGGCCAGCUGCCUCACGCAGUUCUGCAUCCUCUUCAGACGGACUUUCCUCAGUAUCAUGAGGGACUCGGUCCUGACACACCUGCGGAUCACGUCUCACAUUGGAAUCGGCCUCCUCAUCGGCCUGCUGUACCUGGGGAUUGGGAACGAGGCCAAGAAGGUCCUGAGUAACUCCGGCUUCCUCUUCUUCUCCAUGCUAUUCCUCAUGUUCGCAGCCCUCAUGCCCACCGUUCUCACGUUUCCCCUGGAGAUGGGAGUAUUUCUUCGGGAACACCUGAACUACUGGUACAGCCUGAAGGCCUACUACCUAGCCAAGACCAUGGCCGACGUGCCUUUCCAGAUCAUGUUCCCCGUGGCCUACUGUAGCAUCGUGUACUGGAUGACCUCGCAGCCGUCCGACGCCCUGAGGUUCGUGCUGUUCGCCGCGCUGGGCACCAUGACGUCGCUGGUGGCGCAGUCCCUGGGUCUGCUCAUCGGAGCCGCCUCCACGUCCCUGCAGGUGGCGACCUUUGUGGGACCCGUGACGGCCAUCCCUGUCCUCCUCUUCUCGGGGUUCUUUGUCAGCUUCGACACGAUCCCAGCUUACCUGCAGUGGAUGUCCUACAUCUCCUACGUCAGGUACGGAUUCGAGGGGGUCAUCCUGUCCAUCUACGGGCUGGACCGAGAGGACCUGCACUGCGGCAUCGAUGAGACGUGUCACUUCCAGAAGUCGGAGGCCAUCCUGAGGGAGCUGGACGUAGAGGACGCCAAGCUCUAUCUAGACUUCAUCGUCCUGGGCAUUUUCUUCAUCUCCCUACGCCUCAUCGCCUAUUUCGUCCUGAGAUAUAAAAUCCGGGCGGAGAGGUAAAAACACCCGAGCACCAGGAGACACGGACAUAGGCAUUGCGGCCCAGGGCCCCUUGCGGAGCCGCGGGGACAGCUGCCGCCCCCCAGCCCCCGGCGGUGCGUUCCGUCUAUGGGCG